UAAAGAUUUUAGUAUGAAUUGGGUCAAGUGCUUGAGAGGAGCGUGGUAGUGUUGGACCACGGAGGCCCCCACAGCUGCUGACGAGAGAGCAGUGGAGAAGUUUGCAGGCACCGCAGGUGAAGGAGGACGUUGUCUGUCUGGGCACCCCUUGCACAGUCUCCUGCUCGAACUCUCUCUGCGAGCGAUGGAUUGAGUGAGCCUCCGCCGCUGAAGCAGGCCACGCGCUACCACGCACAGGAGAGUGAAUCAAGUCUUGACAACAGAGCCGUUGAGAGACAUAUAUCAAGAUGGACUCUACACUGAUUAAAGGACUCCUCUACUCCGCCUCCCAUCUCCUGCCCUCUGGAAAGAGCCGCAGCCCACGUGUUGGAGCAGGUGACCAGUCGAGCCCCGGCGACGACCUCAGCGAUGUCCCAAGCUGUUCCCCCACCACCCACGUCCUCCCUCGCCCCUGCCUCCCCUUACCACCACCAUCCAGUGAGGCGCCGCUCGCCGACGCUGCCCCCGGCCAUCCACCACCACCAGGGGCGGCGCCCCACACUACAACAGCCCGGGAGACCCACUGGAUCCGGCCUCUUGGUUACUGCGAGAAGCUCAUGACCUCAGCUCAUGUAUACGGAAUAAUGAACACGUGCUACGCCCUAUGGCUCGAUGUUCGGAAGCCUCUUGACUUCGACCUCGUCAAACGUGCCACUAAAAUUAUGUACAGGAAAAUGCCGCACGUGCAGCUGGGAGUUGGUCGACACUUGGGAGCGUUGUGGUGGCGCAAGAUGGCGUCUCCCGCGCUCGACGUCGACGAGCUCACCACGGAUGACGUGAUGGCGGCCUUCGAGGAGCUCCUCCGUCACCGGUACAGCCUGGAGGGCCCGCUGUGGUUCCUGCGGCUAGUCACACCGGAGGGGAAGAGUGUGCUAGAUGAGACUGCUGGCCACAGUCACAAAUACGUGUGCAUCUUCGGCUUCCACCACAGCGUGAGCGACGGGACUACCAACAUGCAGUUCUGUAAGGUGUUCGUCCAGGUGCUCGACGACCUUCUCCAAGGAAGAGACGUCGAUAUGUGCUCGGAGGGACGUUUUGCCGAGCCAUUCCACGAUAUUUUGGCUGACGCUGCUACCUCUCACCUCUCCCUCCUCUCCCUAUUCCUAAGUCGAUUUUAUAAAGGAAUUUUAAGCUACGGUGCUUAUGUUCGUAACUUUACGCGCCUGUUUCCCAUGCCCACCCACAAGGUGGCGGAAACUCACAUACUGCACUAUGAGCUCGAGGAGACGACCUCCAAGAAGCUGUAUCUUCGCUGUAAGAUGGAGGGAGUGACACUCAACUCAGCCUUCACCGCCGCGGCCAACCUGGCCCUCUACCUGCUCAUGUCCGCCAGGGGACACUCACUUAAGGCUACACAAAUUAACUGCGUGCAAGUCGUCAACAUGCGACGCUAUUGGCCGAAACCAUUGCAACCCAACACGUUCGGAUGCAACAUCUCGAUAUUAGACUUGGAUUUCCAAACGGAAGAAAAGAAUCUGGAGGAGUUCUGGGAGUACAGCCGGCUGGUUCACUCCAAUAUAUCCCACCACCUCACGGUCACUCAGCGGGCCCUCACCGUCCAGCCCAUCAGCGAGAGGCUCAAACUAGUGAUUGGCAGCAACUUCUGGUUGUCCCGGCUGGGUCUGCCCUCCACCAACAACCACCACUACUGCCUGACCAACAUGGGCAACCUGAGAACCGCCUUCCCCGGCACCGGCGACGAGGUGCAGGUGUCCAAGGUGCUUCGCUCUGUCUCCUGCCACUUUAUGCCCACACUCUGCCAACACACACUCCAAACCUUCCGUGGACGCCUCUGCUACUCCCUCGACUAUUACACUCAGAAAAUGACGAGAGAAACCGCUUCCCAAUACGCUGAGGAGAUCCUCAGGGUCCUCACUUCGUCUAUCCACGCGCCCAACUGAGCCUCAGCGGACAUCUUCCCUACUAAAUGGUUUUGUUGCUGUGACUUGAGAACGGUUCUCGUAACGUGGGUGAAAUGAUCAACAUCACAUCCUGUUUUAUUUUGUGGGACAAAUUCAUGCUAAAUAUCAUAUCAUGCUAAAAUAUUAGUUAGCAUUAGUUAAUGUUGAGUAUCUCGUAUAAUAACGAGCCAUAUACUUGUUCCGCCGACAGACCCAGCUGGGUGCACCUCCAACAGACCCAGCUGAGGCGUCGCUUCCCCUCAUAAUUAAGGCCUCCAGCCAGCCUCGCUUCCCCAUGGGAAACUCUUGAAAGGUUUCCUUGUGUCAUAACAACGUAUUUGGGUCUUCCGCUGCUCGAGUUCCACUACAGAUUAUCUCUUAUGUGAUGUUUCCUCAGCAUCCCUGUAACGUCAUCUCCGGUCCACCCGUACUGUUACUUCAACCCGUUACAUCUCACAAAACCCACGUUAUGAACUAUUAAUAUUAUAAAAGUUGGCCUAAGAUUGCGCGUGUUAGGGACUACGAUUGCUUACGUAUACUCCAAGUCCACUACGGGCUCGCCAUAGCCCGUGCUACUUUGGAACUUUGUUCCAAGUAGUUGAAUCUAUAACAACAACAACAACAUGUAUGCCUCUAACAGGUUAAGUUAGGUUGAUGGCUAGGAUGUUGCAGUUAUGAUAUAGUAUAACAAGAGUAUUAAAGUUAGUCUUUUGCUAUAUAUCGAGAAUUGCAAUAAAAUCUAGAAGACUUGAGAUAAAAGUGAAAUUUACACCAGGUAUUCCAUCCAUCAUCAUUCAGUAAGAUCAGCAGACUUCUUGAGGUUACUGCUGCUAGCCUUUGGCUCGUCUACAAGUACCUCUGGGAGUCUGCACCAUCUGCUGAAGAUGAUCUGACCAAAGUUCACUCACCUGGGCUCUUAGGAGACUCGAACCCUGGACCCCCUCGCCCGUCUGAGUCACUGACCAAAUGUAAACAUUGUCAGCAGAACACUACGUCACUCUGUUAUUGAAUGUAAACAAAAUCUCGGAUUUCAGAGAUAACUAUUCCAGAUGUUCAAGAUGUUUGUCCUUCAUUCAAAAUGAAAUACUACCAGAUAUCUUAGCCAGCCUUUUUCCCUACCCUCCCUUCCUAAGGGAGCCGGUCGGCCGAGCGGACAGCACGCUGGACUUGUGAUCCUGUGGUCCUGGGUUCGAUCCCAGGCGCCGGCGAGAAACAAUGGGCAGAGUUUCUUUCACCCUAUG